GGAGACGUGGGAGCUCAAGGGCCACGGGGACCUCCCGGUCCUAUUGCGUCCACUAUGGCGAAGGGAACGAUAGUCGGUCCCAAGGGAGAUGGAGAGCCAGGCGAGGCUGGUCCUCGGGGCUACCCUGGAAACGCUGGAUUGCCUGGUCAACCAGGUCUUCCCGGAAUGAAGGGAGAAAAAGGACUGUCUGGACCAGCGGGACCUAGGGGCAAAGAAGGACGACCCGGAAAUCCUGGUCCCCCUGGAUUCAAAGGUGAUCGUGGUCUUGACGGAGUGCCAGGUUUCCCUGGUUUGCCCGGACAAAAAGGUGAAGCUGGCUAUCCCGGAAGAGAUGGACCCAAAGGAAAUCAAGGACCUCCUGGACCACCUGGAGUAAGUUAG